AUGAGUACCGAGUCCAAGAACGGGAGCGACAUCAACCCGGAGAACGUCAUCACCGUCACACUCGACGAUCUAUUGGAAGAUGUUCGGCGCGAGAUUGAAGAGGAGCUUGAGAAAGAAAAGGUUGAGAGGUUGAAGCUCAAGUUGGCUAGAUACGCGAAGACGAGGAAUGGCGUCAUCAAAAAGGUAGUUCCGAGCCCUUCCGAUGCUCAGCGACUGCGGACAUUGGAAAUAAAGGAAAAGAUAGCUGAGAAGAAGCGCGAUAGAUGGUUCAAUCAGGAUAAACCAAUGAUGUCUACAAAGACUUGGAAGGAGAAGCGCAUCGUAGCAGAGGAAAAUAAAAAUACGGAUGACAUCAUUAUUGCAGAAAAUUCAGAGAAUAAUAAAGAUGCACCAACUGAUAUGGAUGUUAAUAUGGUGUUCGCAUUGCCUGCUGAGUUACGCGCACCCGAGGCAGAAAUUGCUGAACUUGCUCUUGGUCCAGAGAAUGCUAGAUUUGAGAAACCAGAGAAGCAUGGGCAGCAUCUAAAGCCAUUAUUUAUCAGAGGUCACAUUGAUGGUAAGCCUAUUGGUCGCAUGCUCGUUGAUGGUGGUGCAGGUGUUAAUAUUAUGCCCUUUUCGGUAUUUUCUAAACUGAACCGAAAAGAGAGCGAGUUAAUGAAGACCAACAUGGGACUUAGUGGGUUCUCUGGAGAAUUGUCCGAGGCUAAGGGUGUUAUUUCUAUGGAGCUCACAGUCGGAAGCAAAACAUUGUCGACUGCAUUUUUUGUUGUUGAUGUCAAAGGCCGACAUCGCUUCGUCCUAGUUCCUAUAGAUUAUUUUACUAAAUGGACUGAAGCAGUUCCUUUGAAAAAUAUGACUCACAAAGAGGUUAUCAGUUUUGUUUUAGAGCAUAUUAUUCAUAGAUUCGGUAUUCCUCAAACUUUAACUACUGAUCAAGGUGCUUCUUUUAUGUCUCAUCAAUUUCAUGAAUUUGCCGAAUCUUUAGGAAUUAAAUUGUUAAAUUCAUCGCCUUAUUAUGCUCAAGCUAACGAACAUGCCGAAUCUAGCAAUAAAACUUUAAUUAAGCUUAUAAAGAAGAAAAUUGAGGAGCAUCCGAAAAGAUGGCAUGAGGUACUAUCGGAAGCUUUACGGGCUCAUCGGAUAUCUAAACACGGAGCGACUCAAGUAGCACCGUAUGAUCUAGUAUAUGGUCAGGAGGCGGUGUUACCUGUAGAGGUUAAUUUACAAGCUCUUAGAGUGGCCAGACAAAAUGACUUGUCGGCUGUAGAUUAUAAUGAUUUGAUGAUGGAUAAGAUAGAUGACAUUUCAGAAGAGAGAUUAAGAGCUUGGCGAGAAAUUGAGAAGGAGAAAUUAAGAGUAGCCAAGGCUUAUAAUAAAAAGGUGAGAGAGAAAUCGUUUCAAAUAGGGGAUUUAGUGUGGAAAACGAUUUUACCUAUUGGAACUAAAGAUAGAAAAUUCGGCAAAUGGUCACCGAGUUGGGAAGGCCCGUAUGAAAUUAUAGAGAUUGUUCUCGGAAAUCCAUAUUUUGUACAAUCUUUGCAGGAAGAAAAGUUGUCCAAAGCUCUCAAUGGAAAAUAUUUGAAGAAGUACUAUCCUAGCAUGUGGCAGGAGGCCUGA